GCUCCCUCUCCUCCUCCUCCUCCUCCUCCUCCUCCUCCUCCUCGCUCCACCAUGUGACCGACUCCACAGCUGACCCCGGACCAGCGUGUUGCGAGCAGCGCUUCCGCCACUCGGUGUGCGAGCGUCCCGCGCGGGUUUCGGACAUGUUUUGGUUCCAGCAAGGACUGUGCUUUCUGCCCGCGUUCCUGGUCGUCUGGUCCUCCGCCACUUUCAUCGUGUCCUACCUCAUCGCGCUCUUCAGACAUGAUGUCGAUGUAAUCUUUCCAUACAUAAGUGACACGGGCGCGAACCCCCCGGAGAGCUGCAUCUUCGGCCUGAUGACGUUCGUGUCUGCGUGCGCAGGAACCCUCACCGUCUACGCCCGCUACAAGUUGGUGGAGAAGCUGGGCGGCGACAGCGUGGCUGUGGACGCUUGCCUCAAUAAGACGGCCUUGGUGCUGGGGAUGUCCUCCUGCCUGGGCAUGUGCGUCGUCGCCACCUUCCAGGAGACGACAGUGACGGAGGUCCACGACGCCGGAGCGCUGCUGUUCUUCGUCCCGGGCGUGUCCUACACCGCCCUGCAGUCCGUCCUGUCCUACCGGGCCCGUCUGGCCGGCUCCUCGGCGGCCGUGUGCCGGGCGCGGUCGGGCAUCGCCGCCCUCGCCGCCGUGGCCCUUUUCCCCACGGUCAUCUGUGCGUUCUUUGUGACACAGACCACCCUGCACAGAGACGCAGGGGACGAGGACUAUCCCUUCCACGUCGCCAGCGCCGUGUGCGAGUGGAUCGUCGCCUUCAGCUUCAUCUGCUUCUUCCUCACGUACAUCGACGAGUUCAAGCUGUUCACCUUACGAGUGAAGGCGGAAUUGAAGGAGUAGCCGGCGACAUCCGUGUCUUCAAAGUAAAAAAAAAAAGUGUUGUCUUUUGUUGUUGUGAAGCUUUUUUGCAUUUUGUACAUUUGCAUUUUAUACAACGUUGUGCUUUGCAUUCCCUGACUGAGUUUAUUUAGUUCAUUUUGGAUCACAGCCCAGUCUUUAUACUUGUUUUUUGUUUUUUUUAUACGAUGUCUAAUCAUUCAUUACAAGUGCACUUAUUACCGCCUCUGCUCGAAAACGUCACGUUGCACUUUGCUCUCGACUCGCCAAACCCGCGUGUCGCCGCCCCCGCCGCGGCCCGUCGGGCCCGUGACGAGCGAUAAGAGAAGUUCAUCGGGGAGCCAACUGCACAUGUGGUCUGCGGGGCAAACCUCUCACACAGAUGUUCGGUGAGUGCGCACUGAUGCAAUCUGGGAAUAACCUGACAACAAACCCAGCUCAAAGGCUGCCGACAGUUACUUCACCAAAGUCUCUUUUUUAUCAUCCACUCGUCUGGCGGCGGUUCCGCUUGCUUUAAGCUCAGCUGCUCACGGGCCUCAGUGGUUCUCUGCGGGUUCUACCGUGCAGCUCUACAUGUAUGUGUAUAUUUGCUGGUGUCUUCAGCCCGAAGGCAGCUUGGGAUUUUGGGCCCCUGCAUUAGUUCGCUCGGCGACGAAGGCCAGGAGAAACUUACUGUAACCAAUCAAACUUGAAUGGAAGCUCAUGAGAAGUUCUGUGGGAGCUUCGAGGCGGUUCAAAAAAAAAACGCCCUCGUUUCUCGACUUCUUCUUUCAUGUUGAGGGGCGUCAUGAGGCGGACAGGAAAUGUAAUUUCACACAUGAAAUGAAACCGUCUCAACAUUUUUGAGUAACGCAAAUGUAAAUCUGUAUCUUUUUAACGUUUCACAAUAGAUCUCCGGACAGAUUGAAGUGACUUAUGAAAUAAAUCAAGGGGACUUGAAACAGUUUGAGGCUGUGAAAGAUGUUUGUUUGUCACAAAAGAUCACGUUUCAGUAUCAGCUGAUAUUUUAACCGGCCAGUACUUUUGCAACAUCUCUUUUUAGGUAAACGGUGAAUACGGGACCAACAAAGUGUUUCAAAGGGAAACGCUGUGCCUUAAUGGUGGUCACAUGACCCGGGUUAUUAACGCGUCCACUACAGAGUGUGUAUGUACAAAGGGAGAAUUGUCUGGAUACUGUAUUUCAAACUGUUUUGCUUGUGCCACGUAAUGUACCGCACAUGGAAAAUAAAGAGAAUUUUUUAAUCUGAAACAAAUUGUUUGAGUUUAUUACGGA